AUUAUUUAUUUUCAAUAUAUAAAAUGUAUUUUUAUAGUGGGGCGUUAGGACUCACACAGGGCAGAGCGCUGCUUCCACACAAUGUCAGUGUUUGACCCGUGAGUGACCGCAGCAGCAGCACUGAGUCCAGAUCAUUGCAGCAGCAGCAGCAGCAGCAGCGGUGGUCAAACACUCUGAUCUCACCUGUCCAUCAUCAGAAACACACACUCACAGAUACUGAACAUACUGAAGUUUCUCUGGAAUCAGACUCACGUCCAAUGGAGGCUUGAAAUCAUUCAGCUGAUGAUGAAAUCUGCUAAUAAAAUGUGCAGAAUUAUGCUGUGGGAUGAUGGAUAGUCAACACAGAAGAACGGUUAAUAUGGCCUCGAGUGAAGCUGAUCAUUCUCCGUCUAAUGAGGAACCUCAGCCUGGAGACCUGAUCGAGAUCUUCAGACCGGCCUAUCAGCACUGGGCUCUUUAUCUGGGAGACGGAUACAUCAUCAACCUCACACCCGUCGACGAGGGUCCGGCCGCCGCCGUGUCCAGUGUGAAGUCCGUGUUCAGCCGGAAGGCCGUGGUCCGCAUGCAGCUCCUGAAGGAGGUUGUGGGAGGAGAUUCGUACCGGAUCAAUAAUAAAUAUGAUGACGAUCACACGCCGCUGCCCGUGUCCGAGAUCAUUCAGCGAGCGCAGCUCCUCAUUGGACAGGAGGUGUCAUAUGACCUGCUGGGCAGCAACUGUGAACACUUCGUUACUCUCCUGCGCUACGGGGAGGGAGUGUCCGAACAGGCGUCACGAGCGAUUGGUGCCAUCAGUUUGAUGACGGCCGCAGCGAGUGCUUUCUCAGUGCUGGGACUGAUCAACACACGCUCCAGAAACAGACCCUUCUAGACACACCAAACACUGAGCCGAGCUGCUCAUUUGGACUCACUGCAGGACAAUGACACACCUGAUUCUCUCUGUACUCUGAUUCUUAGCUUGAAAAGAAGUUGUGUGUUACAAUGAAAUUAACUUUUGCUGUGACAACUUCAUAUGCUAU